UUUUUAAAGUUUUUGUUGCAGAAGCUAACAAAAAGAUUUAGUUUUUAUAGACUUCUUCAGAGAUUCUCACACCAAGGUCACCUUUCCAGGAAGUUAUUUAGUCAGUCCAGUCCAGUCCAGAGUGUCAUGUUUACAAACCCUCAUCGCCUCUGGCGAUUAGAUGCUGAUAUGACAGUAAAAGUAUGUAAGUAUGUGAUAAGGAUCUCACACAUUUCAAGCUAAUUGUCAAACAAAAACUUUAGAAACUAGCAUAAGCCUGAGGAGAAAUUUAUUAUAAAGAUUUUUUUUUUUAAAAAAUUGCAAUGUUAUGGAGAUAUACUUUUGAAUCUGUUGUACAAUUUUGACAUAAUGCUGAUGGAAUAAAACAUAGGAAUCCACCGGUUGAAUCUGAAACAAUUUAGCUGUGUGUGUUCUAAACCCUUAUAAAGAGUAGAUAUGCAGGAAGUAAUGCAAUGCAAAACCAGGGCCAAGCACAAGCGAACUGACCAGCUGCCUAUCGCCCCGAAUGUGGAAGUACAUGUGUAUGUCACGCAUACAGCUGGCUCAGUCCUCACAGGACAAAUAUGAAUCAAUUUGAUUUCCAGUUCUAUUUAGGACUUUGUCUAGGCUAUUUUAAGACAAGAACACCAAUUCUGUGUGUUCAGCUCUGGUUCUAUGUUUGAGUUUGGCGAUCUAUCCAACUCUGUUGCGGACAGUUUCCUUGCACGAUUGCCCUGGUCAUCUUUCCAUCAAGCCAGAGCAGCUUCUCUGUCUCUGACACAGAAAAGCAUCCCCACAUUGUGAUAAUGCCACCACCAAAUUUUGGAAGGCACAAUAAACCGAAUCAUGGCGUUUACAAAGGAAACAGUGUUUUAGGAAGUUAGAAAGCCACAGUUUAUCUAAGCUGCAUAGCAGCAUGAGGCUUUUAAGUGUCCGUAAGCAGUUGUUCUUCUUCAAGAAUUGCAUUUUAUUUUAAAGCCUAUGAGAGUUCACCUUCGGGAAAACUAGACUUACUCUGAAAUAUGUUCACUUCCUUUAAUAAUCAGUCAUUGUUCAUGAGUUACUUUUGCUCUCUGAGCAAUGAUUAAGCUCAUCUUGUUGGUGACGUUUAAACGGACACAGACAUGCGAAGGGGAAGUGUAAAGAUCACGCUCCCACAACCACCGCACCUUCAUAGGAAUGACAUGUAUUAUGUAAUUACAAAUGUCUGCUCCGAGUGUUGAUUUGUUUACUGGUUGCCGAGGUGGGGCUUAGCACAGGUUUCAAGGAAAUUAAAAAGAAAAAAAUGCAGGGAGUGUAAUCUCCAGCUGUGAUUGUGUGGAGCGCUCUGCCAUAGAUGUUAUGUCUCUGUAAGUUUACUUCUGUUUUUCUUAUUUCUUAUAUGUGUUUAGUCAUUGCGAAAGUAACAAUUUUGGGGUGUCGUAUUGCUUUUCUGUGUGUGUGUGUUAACUGCAGCGUAGCUCGUGAUUAAGUUAAGAUAUACGACUUUCUUUCUAAAAAGGAACGUAAUGAAAGUACAACAUACGAAGUCAAAAGAAGAAAAUAUGUUUUAGGGAAGGAAACAUUUGCUUAUCUUUAGUUAGCUCUGAAUUUGCCUCAGUUUUCAAUAAAGCUACCAAUCGGUCAAGGCAGUAUUUUAUUUAUCCCUGCUCCUCAAGGUAAGUUGUGCUGCGUGUUUUAGGGAUGUUUCACUACUUUAACACGCAUUGAUUUACAUUGAAUGUAGUUCAGAAAAAGCCUGUUAAUCAGCUUUCUACUGAAAUCAGGCAUGCAAAAGCAGGGAAACAUCUAAAACAUUUAGAUUUAACUAUUUAGAGUCCUGAACUUUGUGCUAUAAUUUGUUUCUCAUGUGUGAUUAAUUGUGCUUUCAUUCAUAUUGAAAGUGCCAUAUGCCAGUCAGUCUGAUAAGAUACAUAUUUUUUAAUGACCGAUUAACAAACAGGAAGAUAUAAAAUAAGCCGAAAAACAUAUAAACUGACCAGGAUUGCAAGGCAUCUGGAAUUUUUUGUUUUUGUUGCUAAAAUAAGGAAAAUAAUUGUUUUGCAUCAUUGUAAAUUACAAGUGUUUGUAAUCAAUUUUACUUGUCUAUCUUUUCCAGAGAGAUUUUAAAGCCACCUGUGAUGAUGACACUCGCAUGCUACGAAGCUUACCAGAACAGGAACUGAGACCGCUUCUUCGUCCUCGGAACCAAACAGGAGCAGGAGUGCCAACUUUUAAAAGUGAUAACAAUGGAGCAGUCAGAUAAGCAGUUCUCCAUUUGGCGGUGGCUCUUAGCUCUGGUGGGACUAUUCAUGUACCUAGGGGACAUUGGCACAGAUACUGCACUGGUUUUUACAUAUUUUCACGAAGAGCACUAUGUUUGGAGUGGACUGACUGCACUGUUUAUAAUCACUGGGCUGACAGUAAACCAGAUCUUCAGCUACGCCUGGUUUUUAGAAGAUAUGCAUAAAAAUGUCAUGGACAGCAAACCAAAGCGAUGGUAUUUAGUCCUGCACAUAUUUGGGAUGGGAAUCCUCCUCAGGUCUUACCACCUGCUUAAACAAGGAUACAAAGAGAUUUGGGGACAAGAAACGUCACACAAUCAAAGGUCUCAGAAUGGAUAUCUGAAGAAAGGUUAUGAGGAGGGGUCCAGUAAACUGUUCAGCGACACUGCCGAUCUGAGCAUGUUGAAGCUUUUCGAGACUUUCCUGGAGAGCGCGCCUCAGCUUCUUUUACAGCUGUACGUACAUCAAAACCAUGAGGAGUGGUCGGUCUUACAGUAUAUGUCUAUGGUCUUCUCUUUCUUUAAUCUGGCAUGGUCUUUGGUGGACUAUCGGAUCUGCUUGCGCAAAUCUCUUCCCCAGAGCCGGGAACUGCCCUCAGCCCUCCCCACAACUGUCUACCUGCUCUACAAGCUCUUCACCAUCACUAGUCUCAUUCUCAGCUACAGCCUCCUCCUCAUCCUCAGCGUCUACAGCACAGUAGGCUUUACUUCCCUCUGGCUGCUGGGAACAAUAAGGGCCCACCAUCUUAAAACCAACUUCUGCAGUUCAGGAGUCCUUGAGCUGCUGUACCGUGGCGUCAUCGGCGCCGUUCUGGUUUUUACCUUUUUUAACGUUAAAGGACAAGACACCAAACGGGACAUGACCGUCUAUUACUUUUUUUGGACCGUUAUUAAUUUCUCAACUCCUUUAUUGAUGUUCUUUUUAAAGCCAGAGUUGAAGACAAUUACAAUUUUCUUGGUGGUUAGUGGUGUAAUCUAUGGCGGUUCAUUGCUGGGGCUGAUUUUGCUGGUGUUAUAUUAUCGCUUCCUGCACUCUAAACAGGAAGCGAAAAAACAGUAUGAUGAGGUGGAUGGAUUGGAAAACGUGGACGGGCAGGAAAAGGAGACGACACCUUCAACAAGGAGGACAAGGGAAUUCAUAAAACCUUGACAGAGGUUUUUUCCCACCAUAUCAUAAAGAAGGGCACUCCACAUCAUAAUGCAGCCACCGCCAUGUAUUAUUGUUACAUUUCAUGUUUUAGUUGUGUUCAGACUUGUUUCCAUGUCUCAAAUCAAGAAAUAUGUGAAAAGGCGUGAAAGGAACCAAAAAAAAGCAAGGACGAGGCAGUGUAGAGUACAACUGAAAGUUGUUGAGGUUUGAAGAUUUUAGGUGUGAUUUGGGGGAGUUUACAAAUCAGCACACAAUAAGAUUUCCACCCAAAGAAGUCUGCAGAAAUGUUGUCAAUUUUCAGUUGUUUAGAGAUUUAACCGGCAUUCUAUGCAGGGAUUUAAAAGCUCUCUUCCUGAAAUUCACCGCAGUGGAAAACGACCACUUGUGGACACCACCCGUCAUGCCACUCAAACUCAAACUACAGACAGUUUCCCCAUGACAUGUUCUUUGAUCCUUCAAAGUUAUUUCAAGUUAGUGCUACUGAAGGUGCAUUAAGAUACCAAUACACAGCAGAACCCUGGUAUUUGCAAAGUUACAGUGAUGCUUUCAGAGGCUCACAUUAAGAGUGCGAGCUGAGCAAGCUGUGUGGCUUUUAUACUUGAGAUGUACUUUGCUGCAGUAUUCUCUGAAAAUGAUCCCUCAUAGAGGGUUUAUAUAGACGCCAGUGCAGAUGAACCUACUCUGCAAGAUCACCCUCCAAAUUGUACAGUUUGAGUGAAAGGUGCUGCUCGCUAAAAUAGGUGCUGAGGUACAAAAAUUCAGAGGUGCAAAACAGCACUCAAGGCCAACUCGACUAUAAGCCCAGCUUUAGGAACCAGCAGUCCAUGAAUAACUAAAAUCCAUGAAUUCUUGAGACCCUCUCAGAACAGGCUUAUAAUUGAAUUUCUUAAUGCACAUCAAUAUGCAAUAGUGGGAACUGUCUCAGCACUACCGCAGGAGCAAGCAUCCAUGGCCUUUCCUGUUUUCGCUCCUGGGCAUACAGCCAAUCAGUACCAAAGAACAUAAACUGGUGCUCCUGGUUUGGUUGCUUUGUAAUCACCAGCCAAUAGUGUGCCAACUGGCAUUGCACCCAAGUAUUUCAGCUUUCAAUUGUCAUCUUCAUUUAAAAAUCUUAGAUUUGCUCAAUGAAAAUGUCAGCAAAUAGGGAGGUUUUCCACAAAUAGUAGGGAGUUAUGUUACACCUUCACCUGUUGUGAAAGCUUGAAUGGCUUUUGUACUCUUGAAAAAAAAUGUAAACUCAGACUGUUUUGGUAGGGAAAAGACGCGUUUUUGUUUAAUCCCAGUUUUCUCUUGUUUAUGUGCUUGUUGGGAUAUUU